UUUUGUUUUGGUUCUAUAAUAAUAGCAACAGACAAGUGGCAAAAUAAUUAUAAGAGGGGGCUAUACAAGUAGACAGUCCCCAUUCAGAAAAUCUCGAAUAAAUGGGAAAUACAAGUGUGAUAGAGAAAGUAAUGCAACUAUGGAAUACAUGGGAUGAUCGAUUCUUCAUGCUGACCAGUCUCCUAAUCCAAGCUCUACUCACAAUCCUAGCACCAUAUAGAAAACGCAGUGCAAGCCGGUUAGUAAAAUUCUGCUUAUGGCUCCUUUACUUAUCAGCCGACGCAGUCGCAUUAUUCACCAUUGGUUUAAUCACAAGCAGCCAAGAUAUAAACUCUCCACAAAGGCAAGAUCUUCUUGCAUUUUGGGCACCUUUUCUUUUACUACAUCUUGGGGGUCCAGACACAAUUACUGCUCUUGCUUUAGAAGAUAACGAGUUAUGGCACCGGCACGCUCUUCAGUUAGCAAUUCAGCUUAUUGUUACUCUCUAUGUGUUUGUUCAGUCUCUUCGAGGCGAUAACAGGUUGUGGUUGCCAACUGUCCUCAUGUAUGUGGAUGGAUGUAUCAAGUAUACAGAGAGAACAGAGGCUUUGUACUUUGCAAGUAUGAACAGUUUUAGAGAAUCUCUUGCGAGUAAACCUCACUCUGGACCUGAUUAUGCCAGGUUUAGCGAACCCAUCAAUCCUUCUGUUACUGGUGCUCAUGUCAUUACAAUUCAAGACAGCAAGAAGUCGCUAGGAAGAGAUUAUCAAGACGAUUUGAACCAUUCAUCUAAGGACGGAGUGCCCUGUGACACAAAGUAUACUAGAAAUUAUGCAUGUACUCUGAAAGAUGCUGAUGCGGAGGAGGAAGAAAAUGUGAUGAUCAAAGAUGCUUAUAAGUUUUAUACGAAAUUCAAAGGGCUUUUAGCAGAUGCUUUUCUAAGCUUAGAGGAUCGUGAAGAAAGUCGUUCCUUUUUCCUUGACAAAGCUGCCUCAAAGGUUUACAGGGUAGUAGAAAUUGAGCUCAAUUUCGUCUAUGAUAUCUUUUACACCAAAGUAUUUUUACUACAAAAGAAACGAGCUUAUGUUCGUAUACUUAGCUUCCUAUCGGUUGUAGCAGCCCUUCUCUUGUUUUCCUUCAAGGAUAAAACUGAAUACCACGACACUGAUGUUGGUAUAACCUUUGCCUUGUUGGGGGGUGCCAUUGCCCUAGAUUUAUUUGUAGUUUUAAUGCUUAUGGUGUCUGAUUGGUGGAUCAUUAUCACCCCCAAGUUCGGCAUCCCCAAGUACGUCAGAUUUUAUUUGAUACAGUUUCUCAAGUUACUGAGAUUCACAAGAGGUCACAGUAGAAGUAGGUGGGCGCGGUCCAUCUCUAGGUACAACCUGCUAGAUCGAUGUUUUAAGGAUCCUCCUUCAUUCUUGAAGUUCAUUUUUAUCAGGAGGAUAAGGGAAUUUCUUAUGGGAGUUUUAUAUGUUGAAACGAAACAAAUUGAUGAACAACUUGUUGUGAAUUUCAUCAUUGAAGAACUACAGAAGAAGGCAAAGCUAGCCACUGAUAUAAAGACGAGCAAAGAAGUAUAUUCAGCAAGAGGUAAUUUGGUUUUGGAGAAUGAUUAUUUUCUUGUAUCCGAGUACUUAAAUCCUUGGACAUUGGAUGUAGAAUAUGAUGAGAGUGUAUUGAUUUGGCAUCUUGCUACUGAUAUAUGUUACUGGACUAGUGAUGACAGUGUUCGACAAACAGACUAUGCCAAUUUCUGUAAACAAGUCUCUGAUUACAUGACAUAUCUUUUACUUAGGCAACAAUCAUUGGUAUCACUGGUGGUGGGCAUGUCAGAGAUUCGUUUUGAAGAUACUUGUGAAGAGGCUAAGAAGGUCAUGAAUCGGAACGCAUCAAGUAGUUGGAUAGGCAGAGUAUGUGCAGGGGUUAAGAAAUUCAUAUGUAAGAAGUUGGUUUGUCAAAUUUCAUCAAUAGGGAACCAAAAUCAAUGUCCAAAAACAGAUGAUUUGUUGUUUCAGGAAUUCUGCAAUAAGGUCCUGAAUGCACAAGUUCAGCCUGUGGAUGGCGUGAUAGCUGAGGGUGAGAAGACCAAAUCUGUGUUAGUUGAUGCUUGUCUACUUGCGAAGCAACUGAAAAUGUUCGGUAACAUUCAAUGGGAGAUAACAAGUAAGGUGUGGGUUGAGCUCCUUUGUUAUGCUGCAACACGCUGCUCACCCAAGUCCCAUGUCGCACAAUUAAGCAAAGGUGGGGAACUCAUUACAUUAGUGUGGCUAUUGAUGGCUCAUCUUGGUUUAGGAGAACGUUUCCUCCAAAAUCAGGGGUUCGGAUGGACUAAAUUGAUCAUCCAUAAAUGAUAAUCUCAUUGUUUUUUUUUAUUUUUUCAUUGGUGUAAAAAAAUUAAAAACUGGUUGUUUUUAUAUUUAUUUUUUGAUCGGUGUAAAAUGAAAAACUGAUUUAUGAGUUAUACUAUACUUUGGUAGGAGAUUCUA